AUGGCCCGCGCAGCAAAAAGGCCGAAAGUUUCGUCGUCGCAGUCGAUUUAUGAGACCGUGGAAGGUUCUCUUGAGUAUGAGAUAAAAGGGUAUUCUCUAGCAAAGGGAAUGGGAGUCGGUAACUCCAUGACUAGUGGAAAAUUCACAGUUGCUGGUUAUGAUUUGAGUAUACGUUUUUAUCCAGACGGCUAUGAUCAAGCUAGCAAAGACUGUAUAUCUGUAGCCGUUACGUUACUAAAGUUUAAUAAAGGAGAUACCGCCAGGGUAUUAUUGGAAUUUAAACUACUGGACCAAACCGGACAAGGGAAAUAUGGUGUCUAUGCCACUUCUAACUCUCCGUUAACGAUACACUCGGAAUGGAUAUGGGGAAGUACAAGGUAUAUGUCCAGGUCGGACUUCGAGACCUCAAAUUAUCUCAAAGAUGAUUGUCUUAGCAUUCAUUGUAUAGUCGGAGUACUACAAGAGCGAACUCGUGUUGAAGAGCGGAAAGUUAUUCCUGUACCUCCAUCAGAUAUGAGUCAGAAUCUCAAGGGUUUGCUGCAAUCUGAAAUUGGUUCUGAUGUUACUAUUCAAGUUGGCAAUGAACUCUUCAGAGCCCAUAAGUCGAUACUUGCAGCUCGAUCUCCUGUAUUUAGAGCUCAGUUCUUUGGAUUAGUGGGUAAUCCAGACAAGGAAAAGGUAGCCAUUGAAGAUUUUGAUCCUUUUGCCUUUAAGGCCAUGUUGUUAUUUUUAUACUCAGAUGAGCUUCCUGAACCGCAUGAACUUUCUGAUUCAGAUUCCCUUUGCAAUUCAACUACAAUCGCGCAACUUCUAUUAGCUGCAACAGAUAUAAUGUGA